ACUUGUGCAAUCACCACAAACAUCUCUCUACUGAUCUGGAGAACAUAUCACUUCAAAACAGUCCAAAAACAGUCUACAAUCAUCCUCGCGAGGAGACCGCGCGCUGCUCAUCGCGCAUUUGGAUACUAUUUUGAAAGGGAUUGGCAUCGAUUUGUGUCGCAUUUUUAGAUCGAUUUCAAAAGACCGCGGAGAUUGUUCGGGACGGAACACCUGCGCGUGCCCAUUGAUGACAAACUGAAUAACUGCUAUGACAGGUAAACUAGCGGACAAGAUCCCUAUUACCAUGAGCAGUUUAAUCAACACCAUACCUGACAGUCUCUAUCAAGAAGAAGACAUUCCCACAUCUAUGAACAUUUUCACAAACCCGGACUCUAUUUCGCACUACUCACAAAUGAAUACAGAUAAUAUCAUGGACUUGGGGAUGGGCGGUGAGAAGGGAAGUGGAGAGAUUCAGUAUGGCUCCAGUAGUUUCCAAUCCGGUCGAAGCGGACAGACCGUCACCUACCUGGGCAAGUUUGCAUUUGACACCCCUCCAUCAGGCAACAUCGGUGGCUCGGGUUGGUGUCCUGACAACAACAUCAUCAGUCUGGUGAGUGCUGGAAUCCUGGGUGUGUCACCGUCACCGGGCAACAUCACCACCCAGACGUCUUCGUCGAGCGGCAGCAUGGGCGGCCAGUCAUCAGACAUGGAGCAGGUAUAUGCACCAUCUCUUCCAGCUUACUCCACCUGCAGCGACAUGUAUCCCGAGCAGGUGAUGUUCCAUCACAGCCCUGCCACGUCGUCAUCUUUGCCCUACCCGAGCUCUGACUACCACACCACGUCCAAACCAGGCAUGGAUGGCAGUAUCUUUUCCAUGAUCCCAGACUACAACCUCUUCCAUCACCAGGGAGACGUUGGGGUGAUGGAGCAUAAACCCUUCCAAACCAUGGACCCUAUUAGAGUCAACCCACCUCCCAUAACUCCCCUUGAGACCAUUCGAGCCUUUAAGGAUAAGCAACAGAUCCAUCCUGGGUUUCUUGGUGGGCAACAACACAUAUCCCAACACCACCAACCCUCUCAGACACUUGCCCUCAAACCCAUUCGACCAAGAAAGUACCCCAACCGACCAAGCAAAACCCCAGUCCACGAGCGUCCACACGCCUGUCCGGCAGAGAACUGUGACCGACGUUUUUCUCGAUCAGAUGAGUUGACGCGCCACCUGCGCAUCCACACGGGGCAUAAACCCUUCCAGUGCCGCAUCUGCAUGCGAUCCUUCAGUCGCAGUGACCAUCUAACCACGCACAUCCGAACGCACACCGGCGAGAAGCCCUUUUCUUGCGAGUUCUGUGGACGCAAGUUUGCUCGCAGCGACGAGCGAAAGAGGCACGCCAAGGUGCAUCUGAAACAAAAGGACAAGAAGCCCUCAGACAAGGGCAGUAGCACUGGGGCAGGGGGCAGCCAUAUGUCUCCUACAAGCUCCUGUGGGAAUGCGGGACCCAGCAGUGCCAAUAUAAUAACCGUUACCACUUGUGCAUGAGAUGGACUUGCAAAGUAAGACUACAAGGGGAAGAAAUUAAGGUUUCUCUUCUUUUCUUAGAUACACUUGACUCUCAUACUCUCUCCGUCUCCUCACAUCCAUCCAUUUCCUCCUGGUUUCUGUUGAUUAUAGUGGCAUAUUCCUGUAGCCACUACUGUUUUAGGUCAAACGGGCACAGAAUAAGUGGACUAGUGUCGCAUGAAUGGGAAAGAGAAGGGUUCAAAGAUAACAGUUCAAGCAGUGAGGUUGAUCCAUAAGACGAGCACUUGUAGAUGCAGCACAAUCAUAAGGGUUAAACUCUCGGCUCUCGGGAUCAGAGGCAUUUCUUGACAUUUUUGUCUUUUCAUUUUUCUUUUACAAGCAAGGAGAGAUCUGAUUGCUGUUUUUGUGUUUCCUACCUGUAUUUUGUUUUGUCUUUCGGUUGUCAGAAUUCUAAAAGUGCACUUUCAUUUGCUUAUUGUUUUGUAGUGCUUUUUUAAUGAUUGUAUAAUUAUUUAAUGUCUUGUGUUGUUGUUGCUUUUCAACAUAAUGUGCCAAAUGUAUUUAAAUGAAUCAGACAACCUUUUUUUUUUAUUAUUGUUGCUUGUUUUAGCCUGGCUAGGAUCAUACUGAAGGUACAGGCAUGUAACUUUACUGUAAGAGUCAAUUCAGACAUUGAUUUGGGGAAAACAUGUAAGCCUUAAAGGUUCAAGAAGACUGAGUUUCAGGUGAGUCUGUUGGACUAUUAAGUUUCAUUAUCUUAUUAUUUUGAAAUCUCUUUGGUACAAUUAAGGGACCAGAAUGGCAUUGCAAUAAAAUGAAAAACAACAACAAUAAAACACAGUCUGGCUUGGAAAUUGACAUUGUAGGGAUGAAAUUAAAACACAAUUGUGGCCUUUUACCUAAUUGUUUCACUUAAUAUGGUGUGCAGAAGGGCCAAACCUGCAGUUCAAUACUUUUCUUCUGUUAAAAUCAGCUAUGGUGAUCUGAUCCAAACAUUACGCCUUUCUGUUUUCGCUACCUGUAGGCACGCAUGCAUCAGUUGUAUGUCUUUGCAAAUACUGAAAUAAUUGCAUCAGUCAUCUUUGAGGACCUACAGCAAUAUGCAUCAAAUUCAAAGUACACAGGCUGUCAACAAGAGUUAAUACUGUAAACAUGACUUAUUUUCAUGUGAAAAUUGUACUGGUAAGGUUUCCAUUGUCGUUAAUGUAAUUGUUUUAUUGGACAGUUAUGUUUUAUGCUUUUAUCAUCCAAUAAUGUUUGUUGGGUAACUUUUUAUGCAUAUUGAAUAUUCAGCACACAUUUGAACACAUGGUUUUCAAAACGAAGACUGCCAAAAUUAUGGUAAUGCCAGCCUGCAAGCAUCACCACUGGGUAGGAUUGAUCUUAGGAGUCAUUGUUUCGCAUUUUCACAGGCUGCGGCCUGCCUGCUAUAUGCAUGCCAUUCAAGAUGUUUUUUGGAUGGGAACAGUUUCGACAUUUAUACUGCUCUAAAGGGCAGCACCGUAAUGUGGUAUCUCCACGGUUACUCAUAUUUGGAACAUGCAUUGAGAUUCUGAAUAUAAACGAGGAGAAGGAGAGAGGGUUUUGUACAGUUAAAUAUACAAACAUAUUACUACAUGUUUUUUACUCGGAAUGUACAAAUGUCCUUCAGUAUUAUGAUGUGUGUCUGUGCACGUGCAUGUGCGUGUACAUGUGUGUGCGUGCCCCUAUGCAUACACAAACACCCACAUACUCAGAUUUUGCAUUGACUGAAUGUUGAAAUGAAGGGUGUGUUAACAUUUUCAUUUUCUUUCUUCCUGUUUUUGAGUUUGUGAAUGUGUACAUAGUGCAGAAUGUUUUAUAAGUGUGUGCGUGCAGGAAAAGUUGAGUAUUGACAGUGUCAAAUGUAAUCAAAUAUUAACUGUUAUUAGCGUAAAAUUGCAAAUGAUGACUUGCGGACACACAGAAUGAUGUGUUUAAUAAAUGAAUAAACAGUAAGAUUAUUAGGAAAAAAAAAGGAAAGCAAAACCCUGUGUA